AUGCUCGACAAGUCUGAGCCUCCCAAGUUGGUUCCACGAUUCAUCAGUCCCUUUGUGAUUCUCCAAGCCAUUAAUGACAACGCCAUGCGCCUCAAGUUGCCUCGCUCGAUGUCACGUGUCCAUGACGUGUUCAACGUUGAUCGACUUAAGCACUAUCACCCCAACGAAGCCAAGUUUGCCUCCCGGCCUAUCCCGAAAGCUACUCCUGUUAUUCUAGACGAAUCCACCGGCGAACAAAUGUACAUUGUCGAGAAACUGCUCAAGAAGCGCCAGUUCAAUCGCAAGUUGGAGUACUUGGUCAAGUGGCAUGGACAGCCCGAAAGCGAAGCCACGUGGGAACUGAUGAAAGACAUCAAGCAUGUUGUGCACUUCAAGCAACUCGUCCAAGACUUGGAGUUAAGUGCUACAGAGGCGAUUGACCAAGGCGAAUGGAUCGAGAUCGUCUACAAGCUAUCCGUCUACUUGCGCGCGCAGAGCAACCUGAUCCUGUGCAUGGGCGUGACGUGCCCGAAGAAGACCAACCGGUGGCUGCACCUGGGUAUGGUGGUUGACUUCAUUCUCAAGUACAACUCGCGCAUCACGUCCUACAUCGCCGAUCGCCCUAAUAACGCAGCCAGGCCGCCGAUGCCGACGCCAACGUUCUGGGUAAUAACCGCUGCUGUCAACCCCGCUAUCGCCCGCAUGAAUCGAACCUUCGUCGAGCUGCAGGAACGAUCACUGAUCAUCUCCCAGCAGCGCGGGUUCCUGGAUUCCAUGUUGACGGACCUUGUCGUUCUGUUCAGCAUCAAGGACGCCCGUACUAACGCUGCUGGCAUGGAUCAGCUGCGCGCGGACGAGUUCUACAAGGAGGAGGAGUGGUGGGUCGACAGCAGCUCCUUGAUCGAGUUCAUCGAGGACCUGGGCAUGCACGCCAAUGACAACUGGGGCCUUUUGGAGGACGACGGCGAUGGCACGGCCGGCAGUAAGGCCCACGUCCUGCGCGUGCUGUGCGAGUACGCGGUGAAGUUGAUCAUCCGGCUGCAGAAGAUGCAGGCGGAGUGCGACGAGAUCAAUCACGCUGCUGUGUUGGAGGCGCCGGCGUGCAUGCCGGUCGACCUGGCUAAGAUGCGUCCCAAACUGCUUCGGGAUGCCAUCCUGAUGCCUCGCUUGGCACGGGUGCGUCUGUUCUUCAGUAACUUCCAUCAUCGCGACCUGGUCAAGGCGUACAAGGACGAGCCCGGCAUAAAAUGGCCAUCAUCGAUGCACACAACAACAAAACGAAUUUCAACGACGGCUGGAAUUCUAUCGGCAGGGCGUGCUUCUCACAGCUGCGCCGCUUCUGUUCGGGAUUAG